AUGUUUUCUUUCUGCUUUUUCUUUUACUUCUUUCAUAAUUUUUUCUUCUUCUUUCAGUUACUUUUCUUUCCCCCCGAGUCUGAUGGAUUUCCUUUCUUCUUUCUUUCUUUCUUUCUUUCUUUCUUCUAUUUCAUUUUAGUUCGUACUUUCUUUCUUUCUUUUUAUACCCUUCGUCUUUCUUUCUUUCAUUCUUUCUAUAGCACCCAUCCAUAUUUAUUUAUUUAUUUUUUAUUUCUCCAUUUCUUUCCUUUGGUAAAACCCGUCUCUCUUUUUAUAUAUUUCUUUCUUUCUUUCUUUCUUUCUUUCUUUCUUUCUUUCUUUCUUUCUUUCUUUUGCUAUUUCAUUUUAGUCCGUACUUUCUUUUUUUGUACCAUUCAUCUAUCUUUCUUUUUUCUUUCUUUUUUCUUUCUUUUUUUCUUUCUUUUUAUACUACCAGUCUUUCUUCCAUUCUUUUUAUAA